GGUAUAGAUCAACUGUUCGUCAUAGAGGAUCGGCGUUCAGCUGCUCUCGGGCUGGAGGAGGGAGUAGCACGCAGCAGUCCGCUAAAGGGCACACUGCCAACAUCAUCAUCAUAUAAUCUCGAACUCGUCGUCUACUACAGAACUUCCAAAAUAAAAACAUGAGCAGUUCUUUCCUGAACUUGAGGCCUUGCACGACACUGCUGGCAACGUUCUUGCUUCUCCCGUUUUGUUUACAUCUCCUCCCUGUCACCACCGCUGGUCGCCCAUCUCGGGACGGGGAUGCUGUGACUGCGCCGCCCGAUAACGAUUGGGAGUACUACUGGGGGCGAGGAGCGGGUCCAACUCUUCUGGAAAACAAGCGCGGGAAUAACAUGGUGGUUCCGCCCCCGCCCGGAGCUGUACCCGCCACGAAGCUGCAGGUUAAAAACGUCGGACAUCAGGGAACUACAAGCAAAGUCGUGCUGCAGAAGGAUCUCUCACAAGAACUGCUGCCGCGGGGUACCGAUUCUACCCCAAGUGAGGUUCUUGUGGGUGGUGGUGGUGCACAGCCAUCGCAGAAUCCGGACGAAAACGACAUGGCAGUGAAGGUGAUGCGAAAUUUCUGGAAAAACCAGCAGCCGGGCGGCCUGCGGGAUGUCAUGGGGCAGAAUGGCAUUGCGACAGCGAAUCAACAAGAAUCUGCGGAGGUCGCCGUGGAGCAUCAAGAGGAGAAAGGGGAAACGGAAAUAUUGAAUAAACCUUCUUCAUCUACUAGUUCUAGCGAAGACGAAUUUUUACCCGUAGUGCUCGGCACCCCCGCGCGGAGCCUGUCUUCCUUUGCGGGAACUACAGCCUCCAUGGAGGACGAGGGCCAGCAACCCGACCGGCUUUCCUACGAGCCGAGUAGGGGGCGACUCACGGCCUCGCAAAACGUAUGGAUUGCAAAUAUGUCUGGGUCUGGAAGAAUGCAACUUGUGAUGCUAUUUCUGGAAGCUACAAAAAUCUGUAUUGCAUGAGCAGCAAGAGGCGUCCAGUUUUUGCUCCGCGGAGCGGGCACUUGUCAUGCUGGAUAGGCAUCAAUAGUCCCGCAAAAAAUCUGUCAUGCUAGGUCCUCCAUUACAGGCAUCGUAGCUCAUGCGAAAUAUGCAUGACAAACCUCGAAAUCUUCCAGCCCCAGACAUUUUUGCAUUUGAUAAAACGCCGCCCGGGACAAGACGGCAAAGGAGGUUUUGAACAACCUGUGGCAGCAGCCGGGCUUUCAGCGGGCUAUCAAGUGUAAAAAUGUCUGGAUCUGGAAGAUUCUGAGGCUUGUCAUGCAUGUUUUGAAUUGGCCAUUAUAUCUGUGAUGCAUGCCCUAGCAUCACAGAUUUUGCGCGGGCUUCGCGAUGCCUAUUCCGCAUGACAAAUGCCCCCUCCGCGUAUCAAAAAUUACACUCCCUUUGCUGCUCAUGCAAUACAGAUUUUUUUGGAAUCCAAAUUUAGCAUCACAAGUUGCAUUCUUCCAGACCCAGACAUUUUUACAUUUGACACGGGCGCGGAUGCAGCACAUGAUUGCCGAGGCGGUGAAAAAAUCGAACGAACCCGGGGGGUUUCCUAUCAAAAUGAAAAAUCCCCUCUCCCCAUAUCAAAAACGAAAUUUGUGAUGCUGUAUUUGAGUACACAAAUCGACUUGUAAUGCUAGAAGGCCAAGAGACGCAGCUGUGGCCUCGUUUGCAGGCAAUUUGUCACGCUGUUUCCAACUUCCAGCUGCCCCCUGUCAUGCUGAAGAUGCACGGCUUUCCCACGCCAACCAGCACUACAGUCCGCAUCUUUUCCCUUCUAGCAUGACAAAGCUGAUUUGUGACCACAAAUCUGCAUCACAAAUUUCUAGUUUGAGUAUGGGGUGGGGGGAUUUUUCAUUUUGAUAUUCCCGCUGCAGUGAGGAAGGGAUAAGCCGAUUCUUUUGGAAGUAAGUAGUUGGUUUAUUUCGUUUUGGACACGGUCUGUUGAUAGCGGAUGACGUUAAUACAUGGAUACAAUUUACAAAAGGAUAUUAUGCAGCAAACUAGAAGAGAAAAACUUGCCACAACUAGUUUGUUUUUUUGAGGACUAUGUGGGAGGAAUUGCACUACAGUAUGUGGGAGGCUUUUACCGCUCACCUUGAGAAGCGCACACGUCAUUCUUUUUUUGAGGACCGAUUUUGCUGAUUUGUCGCCAUCAUCCUGCAGCUCGGUGUAGUGUACGUCGUCCCACAGUACUUCUCCGGGCUGGCCGUGUCAUUUAAUAUUGACGCGCACUCAUCUUCAUGGUUCGCUCUCGCUGGUUCCUUACUUUCAUGGAUGAAUAUAUCGUCGCGGUUCUUUCGGACUAGUAUUGAUGCGUGCAGAAAGCUGGAG